CUAUACUACAACAAUAAUGUUCGAUGCAAUACCAAUCUCUCCCCCACUCUGAACUCUCUGCAAACCUAAAUCUACAAAGGUCAGAAAAAGAAGUAGAUGACUGAGGCUGAGGUGACCAGACAAGGUAAAGAAGGAUGCCAU